CUCUAGUAGUCAUGUAUUUUUAGCCCUGUGUUUUCCGUCGGCUGUUGCUUGUAUUCCUGGACUUCGUGCUGUUUCCUCUCAUAGAUUAUUGAACAAAUUUUAAUCAGCAUAUAGAUCCAGCUUCCUCACUUCAUUUUUAACAGCAUACUAAAGGUCAAUCUCAUAUUCAGAAACAAGAAUGUCCAGUACCGUCAUACCCACAAACUCUGGGACGUUGGUCAUCCAGUUUCAGCAACCAGAACAAACGGCACCAGCUGAAAGAGGGACAAAUGCUCCAGUGACUGUUAAUGUCCCACAGGCAGCUUCACUUCCUCAAGGACUUCAGGCCUUUCUGAAAGGACAACCAAAAGCACUUGGGACUGUCCAGAUAAUGAUCGGCCUGCUGAUUCUCCUGCUUGGCAUUGUGUUUACAGUCCAUGCAGAAUCCAUCUUUGUCUUCAGUGGUAUUCCUUACUGGGGAUCUCUCAUAUACAUUACCGCAGGAUCACUGAGCAUUGCUGCAGAAAAUGCACUCCAUGCCAAAGGCCCCUACAGUCUGUGUUUGGUGAACGGUUCACUUGGAAUGAGCAUCAUAAGUGCUAUAACUGCAGGCAUUUCCAUUAUUAUACUUUCAUUGGAUUUGUCUAUAAUACAACCAUACACUUACUGCAGUAGUUAUGACUGUUAUUCAAUUAACAAGUAUGGGACUCUCUUCCGGGGGAUCAGUGGUGUGUCUUUGGUAUUCACUGUCCUUGAGUUCAUCAUCUCCAUCUGUCUGUCAGCAUUUGCCUGUAAAGCCAACGCCUGCAGUGCUGCUCAGGUGCUGAAUGUUCACCAAGUUGUAAUUCCACAGCCCUAUGCCGCCUUUAGACCCAAUCACUCCCAUGAUCUUACCAAAUCAGAGGUUCCUCUGGGCAGCGACUCUUCUAUGCCUCACCAUCCUGCAGAAAAUCCCCCACAAUACAGUGAAUGUUCUGCUCCUAAAUAUGAACCUUAAAAAGUGGACAGAGCUGUGGUCCUGCUGUUGAGCUUUACUCUUUCACAGGACACACAGGUUCUUCCAGUGAUUUACUGUCCUUUAUCUCUGCUUUACUUUCACUGAAAAGAGGACAUGAAUGUAAUCACUUGAUCAUAUAGUAACAGAUUUAUUAGUCACUCUUGUGUAAACAGUUACUAUUCAAGACAAGAUGCUGUUUCGCAAUGUUCUUUACAUCAACAACGCUGCCUGAUCAUCAGUGAAACUCACUCUUUUUUACUUUAAAGAUAAUAAAUAAACUCUUUAAAUACCUUAACAAAUAUUACUGAUACAAACUGAAUGUUUAAAACUUGCAAAGCAAAAGAAAAUAUUAAAAUUAUUCAUAAAAUUC